GUGGAGAGUGUGUGUGUGUGUGUUUGACGGCCGCUGUGGCCUGCCGUGGCUGCGCUCGCCGGCGUGGUAAAAACACGCUCGUGGCAGGAACUUUCGCCGGCGCCGCGGCUCGGCCGGCCGGCAGUAGUGCUGCAGGACCGGAGCGGAGAGCACCGCCCGCUGUCACGGGCCGCGUGCACCGCGCUACUGAGACGGAGGGCUGCCGCGGGCUGUGGGUGAGAGCGGCCCGACCUGCCGCACGCUGCCGUCCCGUGGUGGAGCGCCGGCCGUUCAGUGUGUCUGAGGAGCACCGGCUGACCAGUCCUGUGUAAAGUGUUCACCGUCCAGCCCAUCUGAGCAGCCCCGCCGCCCAGCUGAGCGCCGCUACUCCCGUCUACCUGAGGAGCAGCCAUCUGUUCAGUAUGGACGUGCCGGGCCUCCCUGAACUGCUGUAUGACGCCGAGGAGCAGCUGGAGCCGACUCCCGGUCGGACCGUGUCCGGAGAGGUCCCCAGCUGGCUCUCUGGCUCGCUCUACCAGUCGGGACCGGCCAAGUUUCAGCUGGGUGACGGUUUCUCGGUGAACCACUGGUUCGACGGUUUGGCCAUGGUGUGCAAGUUCGCGCUGAGUGACGGCCAGGUAACCCUACAGAAGCGCUUCGUCCAGUCGGACGCCUACAAGAAGGCGACCAAGUACAACAAGACCAUCUACACCGAGUUCGGGACGCGCGCCCACACGGAUCCAUCUCGUGGCUUCUUCAGUCGCCUGGUCUCCUCCAUCCUGCCCACCGACAUGACCGACAACAACUUCAACAACGUGAUCCACGUCAACGGGCAGCUGUUCGCCGCCUGCGAGACCACGCUGGUGAGCCGGAUCGACGCCGCCACGCUGGAGACUCUGGAGAAGGUGGACCUGUCGCAGUCACUGGGGGUGAACCUGUGCUGCUCACACCCGGUCACCGACCGCGACGGCUCCGUCUACACGCUGGGGGUCACCUUCAUCCCGGGCUUCCGCUACCAGGUGAACCGGAUCCCGCCGGCGCCGGCCGCCGCCAACGGGAAGCAGGCGUUCGCGGGCGCCCAGCGCCUGCUCUCCAUGCCGUCCUCGUGGACCACCGCCUACUCGUACUACCACUCGUUCGGCGUCACCGCCAGCUACAUCGUGUUGCUGGAGCUGCCGCUGCUGCUCGUCCUCUCCAAGGUGAUGACCAUGGUGGUGAAGGGCCUCGCGCUCAAGGACUGCAUCGAGUGGCAUCCCGAGCACCGCGUCAAGGUGCACCUGGUGCACAAGGCCGAUGGAAAGCUCGUCAAGACAAAGUACAUCACCGACGUCCCCUUCUUCCAGACGCAUGUGUGUAACGCCUUCGAGGAGGAUGGCACCGUGAUGCUGGACCUGAUCACCAGCGAGGGCCCCAGCGUGAUGGAGGCCUACUUCCUCGACAAGCUGCGCGAGGGGAAGCUGUACAAUGAGCAUACCAUGCGCGUCACGCGGCUCGCCAUCCCCGUGCUGGAGGAUCUCAAGACGGCUCCGGAGAACGUCAACCUGGUCGGCUCUGACAGCACACGCGCGCAGGCCGUACGCCGAGGGGACACGGUCACCCUGAGCCUGGACCUGUUCCCAGAGGAGGGUGCCGAGUACCCGACCAUCAACCCGGCGGUGCGCGGCCGGCCCUACCGCUACCUCUACGCCACCGGCGGCUUCGAGCAGGGUCCGUUCCGCAGCGCCGUCGGCAAGCUGGACACGCACUCCCGCACGUGGCAGUUCUGGCGCGGCGAGGAGGGCACGUUCCCGUCGGAGGCGACGUUCGUGGCGCGGCCGGGCGGCGGUGGCGCGGCGGAGGACGCCGGGGUGCUGCUGACGGCGCUGCUGGGAGCCGGACGGCGGCCCGAUCGGUUCAUGGUGCUGGACGCUGGUCGGAUGGAGCCGCUGGCCUGUGUGGAGUUCCAGAGCCGCGUCCCUGUCAUGGUUCACGGCACGUGGGUACCGACAGAGAACACGAACGAGGCCGAUGGUAGGGAGGGGAAGUAGGACAAAGACAGGGGUGGGAGGGAAUGGCCUGUUUCCGAGCGGGAGCUCGGUGGGCGGGGGGUCGGAAUGAGAUCAAUCAAAACCCAUUGAGGCUCUUUAGAGUCUAGUCUUCUCCGCCGCCCUUGUUGAUAGUUCGGGCACGGCUUAUGAUUUUUGGGUUCGGAUAUACAUAUCCUGCAAUUCUAAUAUUGCGAAGCAUCCGAUGUAAUGAUACUUGAUGCAAUGUCAAGAAAGUAAAAUUGAUUUUGUAGUAGGAUCCGACAAUGAUACUGCAUCGCAAGUGAUGCCUGACAGAUAAUCUAACUCAGGUCUCCAACCAAACAAAUGGAGGAGUGCAUAUGUGUUGCACUAAAAAAGCGGGCCAGUACCAAGUAUAUAUGUAGACGUCAAGUGAUACUGAUACUGUGUAAACCAUUAAACGACGAGGUUUACAUAUGAAAUAGUUUUUUAAAUUUUAACCUUCCGCAAUAUUGGUCUCACACUCAAUCCUCAAUACCAAAACGCUUUUAAAUACCUCAUAUUUAGACAUUACGCGGAGCGGAUUAUGCAUUUAUGUUCUAACUUGCAUAAGAGUCCGUUUGUCGUUUGAUAAUGCCUCAUUAUUGGGAAGUGAAUGUCUCGAACAGCGAUGCUGCUCACAUGUUCGAGAUCUAUGUCUACCGUAUAGUCGUUUUUGGUGCAUUGUAUUCAAGCUGCUGUAUGUUGUCCGAAUAUAACCUACCGUCUUCCCUCGGCGAUAUACAGUUUCAAAUGCACGCUACGGGGUGUGCCUAGCCUAAGUAACUUAUUCGCAGGCAUUGUGGAUACCGCAUUGUAUUGUGGGAAUUUUGACGCUCCCAGAGCCACGCUUUUCGUUUGAGAUACGAAAAUGACCUGUAAGCAAUAUACAUUCUUACCUACCUA